AUGAUAAUCAAACGGAAGCUUAAAACCCGAUUGCCGAGUUUGAAACGGUGCAAACCCAGCAGCUCGGCGAGUGAGUGCGGUGGCUCAAGGAAGAAGAGAAAGGCGAACUUGGGAGGUUACUACCCGCUCAACCUCCUCGGAGAACUCGCCGCCGGGAUUGUUCCAGGCGGAGGCCGGAAUGGAUUCCCUGCUUCGUGGUGCACUGAAGUUUCGUGCUCUCCUGCUGUUGAGGUAGAGUCGGUGUCCAACAGAAGAUCCGAUUCCGUCACUGCGCGGGAUGCUCCGGCUGGUGCCUCCCGUCCACCGGUAAUUCGAACAUCAAGGGGACGAAUUCAGGUGCUUCCUUCUCGAUUCAACGACUCGGUGCUCGAUAAUUGGAGGAAAGACGGCGCUAAUAACAGCGAACGCGACUGUGAUGACGAGGAAGCAGAAGAAUGCAGGAACGAGAAAGUUAGUUCUCGAAGUCUUAAAGCUAUUAAUUUGAAAAGCAAGCAGCUUGAUAGGAGCCGCAAGUAUAAUGCAUUGUAUAAAGAAGAAACGUUUCGCGAGAAACAUGGUGAGGCUCGUCCUCGUGUUGACAGGACGAGGGAAGAUGAGAAGCUUCCGAGGAAAGAUGGUUCUUACGGGCCAGAGAACUUCUAUUCAGGUGACUUGGUUUGGGCUAAAUCUGGGAGAAGUGAGCCGUUUUGGCCGGCCAUUGUUAUCGAUCCGAUGACGCAAGCACCGGAGCUUGUUUUGCGUUCUUGUAUACCCGAUGCAGCCUGCGUUGUGUUCUUCGGUCACUCUGGGAACGAGAAUGAGAGGGACUAUGCAUGGGUGAGGAGAGGGAUGAUCUUCCCUUUUGUGGAUUACGUUGCCAGGUUCCAGGAACAGUCUGAGCUGCAAGGGUGCAGCCCUGGGGAUUUUCAGAAGGCACUUGAAGAAGCAUUCACUGAGAAGUUGAUGCAUGAUAUUCACAUGGCUGUUGGUAACUCGACUUUUAACGAUUCUUUCUACAGAUGGAUUCAAGAAACCGCGGCCUCAAAUCGGGAUCUUACUAACAAUGCUCCAAGCCAGGAGUUAAUGAGAUACAGAAAUCCCUUAGCCUGUGUAGGAUGUGGAACGGUCAUUUCUUUUUGA